AUGCCGUAUCGCCCAAGUCUCCAACGUGCCCAAACGGGGGAGGAAGGUGGCCGCCUGUCAGCAGUGACGGCUGCUGGGAAGCGCUACCUCCAGCGACGAGGAAGGGAUCCAAAACCUCUGCCGGAGGUGGGAGGGGGAAAUCCCCGGGCCGCGGAGAGUAAACGGGGGAUGUUGGCGCCGUUAUCUCCUCCCCUACGAAGCCCCGCUCACGGCCCUCUGACGGGCUCCCCGCCCCCAGCAACUCUGCUCAGUGACCGCCUUUUCCUGGCGCUCCUCCUACUAAGUGCUGCUUCUAACUCUGGGCGCGUCCGGCGCCCGCGUCUCUCCUCCCCCCAGACGCGGGGGUCCCCAGGCUCUGUCUGGCGCCUCUUCGUCCUCUCGGGACCAUUUUAUCAGCUCUCAAGGAUUCUGCUGGAGCCGAGCCCGGGCUCCCACCUCGGGCUGUGGAGCCCCGACCUCUCUGGCGCGCAGCGGUCGGGCGGGGCGCCUCCCCCUCAGGGUCCUCCUCUAAUCCUUCAGCCUGUGCUGCCAGUUCAGUUCCUCCCAGCCCUCCCGGCCUUGCGCCCGGCCCCCUCUUCUCCCCAGGCCUGCUUGGUCUCUCUGCCGUGGGUCACGCGGGCCCCUUCCCUAGCCCGGCUGCGCUCGGGCCGCCGCUGCCCGCCCUCCUUGGCCGUUCUCAGAUCAGCUAGGGGCAGCCCGAUGUCCGGAAGCCCUCCGGAUCCCAGCGGGGCAGCCGAGCAGCAAGGGCCGGAGGCAGGCAGCACCGUAUGGCUGUGGGCGGCGUUGGGGCUGGGGACUGGGCUCGUGCUGUUGAUGACCGGGGUCCGGAGGCUCGUUCUGGGCAGCCGCUGGAACGGUCCGAAUCCCUUCGCGGAGGACGGGAGGAGGCCGCCGAGGCCACUGGUGACUGACCAGGAGGCCCGCAGCGGCGUCCUCAAGCAAGCUCUCUCCGACACUCCUGUGCCAGACCGGCCGGACGCUGUGGUGAUCGGGAGCGGCAUUGGGGGCCUGGCAGUCGCCGCCGUCCUCGCCAAAGCAGGGAAACGCGUCCUGGUGUUGGAGCAACACAUUAAGGCAGGUGGCUGUUGCCAUACCUUUGGCCGGGAUGACCUAGAGUUUGACACAGGAAUCCACUACGUGGGGCAGUUGAAAAAGGGCAGCUUUUGCCGCGUCUUCCUGGACCAGAUCACGGAGGGGCAGCUGGAUUGGGUUUACCUGGGCUCCCCCUUUGACAUCGUGGUGCUGGAGGGACCCAGUGGCAGGAGGAAGUUCCCCAUGUUCACCGGGGAGAAAGCCUUUGUUCAGGGCCUCAAGGAAAAGUUCCCUCAUGAAGAAGCUGCCAUCGACAAGUACAUGAAGAUGGUGAAGCAGGUCGCAAAAGGAACCCUUCACAUGGUCCUGUUGAAAAUCAUCCCUUUGCCAGUGGUGAAGCUGCUGGACAAGUUGGGGGUGCUGGCCUUUUUCUCCCCUUUCUUGAGAGCUGCCACCCAAAGCUUAGGGGAGGUGCUCAGCCAGCUGCCUGCCUCCCAGGACCUCAAAGCCGUGCUCAGCUACAUCUAUCCCACCUACGGUGCCAUCCCAAAGAAUGCCAGCUUCUCUUUGCAUGCCCUACUAAUCAACCACUUCCUGGAUGGGGCAUUUUACCCUCGGGGAGGCUCCAGCGAAAUUGCUUUUCACAUUAUCCCUGUAAUUCAGCAGGCUGGGGGUGCAGUCCUGACCAGGGCGACUGUGAAAAGUGUGCUGCUGGAUUCCACUGGAAGAGCCUGUGGUGUCAGAGUGAAAAAGGACCGAGGGCUGGUGAGCAUCUUUUCUCCCAUUGUGAUCUCCAAUGCAGGAAUAUUUAAUACCUAUGAGCACUUAUUGCCUGAGAGAGCCCGCUGUUUACCAGGUAUUCAGACCCAGCUGAGAAUGGUGCAACAUGGCCCGUCUGCACUUUGUGUCUUCAUCUGCCUCCGAGGCUCCAAGAAAAGCCUGGGCCUGGAAGCCAACAAUUGUUAUGUCUACUUUGACUCAGACACUGACCAAGCGAUGGAGAGAUACCUAUCCCUAUCCAGGGACAAAGCUGUGGCACACAUUCCCUAUUUCUUUAUCACAUCAGCAUCAGCCAAAGAUCCAACAUGGAAAAUCAGGUUCCCAGACCAAUCAACACUGAUCAUGAUGCUGCCUGCCCGCUAUGAAUGGUUUGAAGAAUGGCAGGAUGAGCCCCCAGGCAAGAGAGGGAAUGACUACGAGGCCCUGAAAAAUUCCUUUGUAGAUGCUUCCAUAUCUGUUCUGAUGAAACUGCACCCUCAGUUGGAGGGGAAGGUUCAUAAUGUGUCAGUAGGGACUCCACUCAGCCAUCAGUCCUUUCUGGCUGCCCCCCACGGAAAGAACUAUGGGGUGGAUCACAACCUGAACCGUCUGAAGCCCCAUGUAAUGGCCUCAAUGCGGGCCCAGAGCCCCAUUCCCAAUCUCUACCUUACAGGGCAGGAUGUGUUCACCUGUGGUUUUCUGGGGGCCUUACAUGGGGCCCUGUUGUGUAGCAGCACCAUCCUACAGCGGAAUGUGCACUUGGACCUUUUGCGACUCCAGUCUCGCAUCUCUGCUGCCCUGCCCAAGAGGAUGAAUUAGCACAGGCCAAGUGGAUCAUGUAAGGCAAGGGAGUCCUGAGUGGCCCAAAAAGCUGGGCAGAAAGCAGGACACACCUGCUAAUUCGCCUCUACUGCACUCUAACACCUCGCCUUAUGCCUUAAUGAAAGCUAUACUUAUCAUACAUAGCUGUCAAUUUAGAUUUCCAAGAUGAAGCCCAAGGCAAAGGUUUUUUUCUCUUAGAUCAUGGUGGUCAAAGUCAGGGCCCUGGUAGUCUUCCAGGUGGGCUAAGAGAUGGUGUUUCCUAGCAGUGUUUCUCCUUAGGCUUCUAUUGUGGGCUAGCAAUUUAUUUAGGCCAUUAAACAAAAACCAAACAUUACCUCCUUGUAAACAAUAACAGUGAGUGUUCUUCACUUGGGUACAUCAUGAUACACGGUUCAAUGUUUCUGGAAUUUGGACCAGAAUUCU